GAGGAGCGGCGGCGAGGGAGGGAGCGGAGCGGGCAGCGCCGCGGCUCCGUGCCCUGCGUGCGUGCGCGUGUGUGAGAGGAGCGGGCGGGCCGGCGGUAUAUAGAGGAUGUGCCGCCGCAUGGCUCGCCCCGGCCGCUGCCGCGCCAGCUCCUUGGGCCAGCGCCAGUGAAGCCUCUCGCCCUCGCCGCCGGGGCGGCCGCCUCCCUGCCCGCUGCCGGCGCCUCUGCCGGCCUCUCCGCCGGGUUUCCGGCGUCCCUCCUGCAGCGGCCGCUUCCCGCGGCUCCUCCGCGCCGGGGCACAGCCAGCGCGUCCAUGCGGUGCAGAUGGCCGGGGCACAGCCAGGGGUGCACGCUCUGCAGCUCAAGCCCGUCUGCGUCUCCGAAACCCUCAAGAAAGGCGUCAAAUUCGUCAAGUGGGACGAUGACUCCACUGUUGUGACUCCAAUUAUCCUCAGAACAGACCCACAGGGAUUUUUCUUCUACUGGACAGAUCAAAAUAAGGAGACUGAGCUGCUGGAUAUCAGCCUUGUCAAAGAUGCCAGGUGUGGAAAACAUGCCAGAGCUCCCAAGGACCCGAAGCUGCGCGAGCUGCUGGACGCCGGGAACGCGGGAGGCCGCCUGGAAAACCGGAUGAUCACCGUUGUGUACGGCCCAGACCUGGUCAAUAUAUCCUACCUGAACCUGGUGGCAUUCCAAGAUGACAUAGCAAAGGAAUGGUCAGAUGAAGUGUUCAGUUUGGCAACAAAUUUGUUGGCACAGAACAUGUCAAGGGACGCGUUUCUGGAAAAAGCCUACACAAAACUCAAGCUGCAGGUGACUCCAGAGGGGCGCAUUCCUCUGAAGAACAUAUACCGCUUGUUCUCCUCGGACAGAAAACGGGUGGAGACGGCGCUGGAAGCCUGCAACCUUCCCUCCUCCAGGAAUGAUUCAAUCCCUCAAGACGACUUCACGCCAGAAGUGUACAGAGUGUUCUUGAACAACCUCUGCCCUCGGCCCGAGAUCGACCACAUCUUUUCUGAGUUUGGCGCCAAGAGCAAACCCUACCUUACUGUGGAUCAGAUGAUGGACUUCAUAAAUUUGAAGCAACGGGAUCCGCGAUUAAAUGAGAUCCUUUAUCCACCACUCAAACAGGAACAAGUUCAAGUGCUGAUUGAGAAGUACGAACCUAACAGCAACCUAGCAAAGAAAGGACAGAUAUCUGUGGAUGGAUUCAUGCGCUAUCUGAGUGGAGAGGAGAACGGCGUCGUUCCACCUGAGAAACUGGAUCUGAAUGAGGACAUGUCUCAGCCACUGUCACACUACUUCAUCAACUCCUCACACAACACCUACCUCACAGCCGGACAGCUGGCUGGCAACUCCUCGGUGGAGAUGUACCGGCAGGUGCUGCUGUCGGGCUGCCGCUGCGUGGAGCUGGACUGCUGGAAGGGGCGCACGGCCGAGGAGGAGCCCGUCAUCACCCACGGCUUCACCAUGACAACUGAGAUCUCCUUCAAGGAAGUGAUAGAAGCUAUUGCUGAAUGUGCAUUUAAGACCUCGCCCUUCCCAAUCCUCCUUUCCUUUGAAAACCACGUGGAUUCCCCUAAACAACAGGCCAAAAUGGCAGAGUACUGCAGAUUAAUAUUUGGAGAUGCCCUGCUUAUGGAUCCGUUGGAAAAGUACCCGCUGGAAGCUGGGGUUCCUCUCCCAAGCCCUAUGGAUUUAAUGUACAAAAUCCUGGUGAAGAAUAAGAAGAAGUCUCAUAAGUCAGCAGAUGGGAGUGCAAAGAAGAAGCUGUCAGAGCAAGCUUCCAACACUUGCAGUGACACAUCCAGUAUGUUCGAGCCUUCCUCCCCUGGAGCAGGAGAAGCAGAGAUGGAGAGCGACGAUGAUGAUGACUAUGAUGACGACUGUAAGAAGUCGUCGAUGGAUGAAGGUACUGCUGGAAGUGAGGCUAUGGCCACUGAAGAGAUGUCAAACCUGGUAAACUACAUCCAGCCUGUGAAGUUUGAGUCAUUUGAAGUAUCAAAAAAACGCAACAAAAGCUUUGAAAUGUCUUCCUUUGUGGAAACCAAAGGGCUUGAGCAGCUUACGAAGUCUCCUGUGGAAUUUGUGGAGUACAACAAGAUGCAGCUGAGCCGGAUUUACCCCAAGGGAACACGGGUGGACUCUUCCAACUACAUGCCACAAGUCUUCUGGAACGCCGGCUGCCAGAUGGUCGCCCUCAACUUCCAAACUGUGGAUUUGUCUAUGCAAAUAAACAUGGGAAUGUACGAGUACAAUGGCAAAAGUGGCUACAGGUUAAAGCCAGAAUUCAUGAGGAGGCCAGACAAGCACUUUGAUCCCUUUACUGAGGGAAUAGUGGAUGGAAUAGUGGCCAACACUCUCUCUGUCAAGAUCAUUUCAGGUCAGUUCCUUUCUGAUAAAAAAGUUGGUACCUAUGUGGAAGUGGACAUGUUUGGCCUGCCUGUGGACACCAGGAGGAAAGCUCUGAAGACCAAGACCUCUCAAGGCAACGCAGUGAAUCCAGUCUGGGAAGAGGAAGCCAUAGUGUUCAAGAAGGUGGUGUUGCCUUCCCUGGCCUGUUUAAGGCUAGCAGUGUAUGAAGAAGGAGGGAAAUUCAUCGGCCAUCGGAUAUUGCCGGUCUCAGCAAUCCGACCAGGCUAUCACUACAUCUGCUUGAGGAAUGAGAGGAACCAGCCCCUGACGCUGCCAGCUCUCUUUGUGUACAUCGAGGUCAAAGACUACGUCCCCGACACUUACGCAGAUGUGAUUGAGGCCUUAUCCAACCCAAUCAGAUAUGUCAACUUGAUGGAGCAGAGAGCUAAGCAGCUGGCUGCACUGACUCUGGAAGAUGAGGAAGAGGUCAAGAAAGAGGUUGACCACGGGGAUGCACCAUCUGAAGCUAACAAUGAACCCAGGCCAACACCAGCAGAAAAUGGGGUAAAUUUCACUGCCUCCCUCACACCGAAACCAGCUACUCAGGUUGUCCACAGCCAGCCAGCACCAGGUUCUGUGAAAGCACCUGCAAAGACAGAAGACCUUAUCCAGAGUGUCCUCACAGAAGUGGAAGCACAGACCAUUGAGGAGCUAAAACAGCAGAAGGCCUUUGUUAAGCUCCAGAAGAAGCACUACAAGGAGAUGAAGGACCUGGUGAAGAGGCACCACAAGAAAACCACCGACCUUAUCAAGGAGCACACGGCGAAGUACAACGAGAUCCAGAACGACUACCUGCGGCGGAGAGCAGUGCUGGAGAAAACUGCCAAGAGGGACAGCAAGAAAAGGUCUGAGACGAGCAGCCCCGACCACAGCUCCUCCACCAUCGAGCAGGAGCUGGCUGCCCUCGACUCCGAGAUGACCCAGAAGCUGGUGGAGCUGAAGGAGAAGCAGCAGCAGCAGCUGCUGAACCUCAGGCAGGAGCAGUACUACAGUGAGAAGUACCAGAAACGGGAGCACAUCAAGCUGCUAAUUCAGAAGCUGACUGAUGUAGCAGAGGAGUGUCAGAACAACCAGCUAAAGAAACUGAAAGAAACCUGUGAAAAAGAAAAGAAAGAACUGAAGAAAAAAAUGGACAAGAAGAGGCAGGAGAAGAUCACAGAAGCCAAGUCCAAGGAUAAAAAUCAAAUGGAAGAGGAGAAGACGGAGAUGAUCCGCUCCUACAUCCAGGAGGUGGUGCAGUACAUCAAGAGGCUAGAAGAUGCUCAGAGCAAAAGGCAGGAGAAACUUGUAGAAAAACACAAGGAGAUCCGCCAGCAAAUACUGGAUGAAAAGCCUAAGUUGCAGGUGGAACUUGAUCAGGAAUAUCAAGACAAAUUCAAAAGACUGCCUUUGGAAAUUCUGGAGUUCGUACAGGAAGCCAUGAAAGGGAAAAUCAGUGAGGAUGGAGACCACAGUUCUGCCCCCUCUUCCCUGGCAUCUGACAGUGGAAAAUCAAACCAUAAACCUCCACAAAGUGAGGAGGAAUUGGAAGAAGAUAACCAAGAAAAAGUGUUUGAUACUACUUUUUAACUGCCCAAGAAACAAUCAGUGCACCGGGGCGCACCAUUCCCAACUGCCCGUCUCCGCUCUCCCGGGGUGAGCUGCCGCCGAGCGCUUCGGGAGGCAGGAGCAAUCUGCAUUCGAGUGCACAUUUCCCCAAAGGAACAUUUUAUAAAAAGUAUUCUGCAAAGGUCUUCAUUCUCAUUCUUCAUCUGAUUAUUGUUCUAAAGCUUAGUGCAGUUGUAAUGGGAAAAUUAAUAUGUUAACCUCCCUCUUCUCUUUAUUUUUCUUUCUUUUUUUUUUUUUUUUGGCCAGUUUACAAUGGGUAAUUUUCUGGCCAUGUUCACUGUUAAGAAUGUUUAAUGAAGACCAGUGUAUUGUACAGAGAAAAGUGUGUGCAGAUUUGUUUUUGGAGUGCCAGAGCAAAGUGCUCCAAACUAAUAGAGAUCCUGGCGAAUAUUACAACAGUACUUAAUCAUAUUUGUUUCCUUCUUUAUAACUGCACCUUGACAGCCGUACCAUCCUUUUACAUUUGCACUGAAACCUGGGAUCCUUUUUAGCUCUGCAAGCACUGGUGGCUUGCUGUCUUGAUAUUAUGUUCAUCCCAUGGAGAGACAUAUAUUUGCUGCUGAAAAUCCUUGGAACUGUGGGGACGAGAGGAAAACGGAGAGAAGAACCCGCGUGGAGAUUGUCGGUGUCUGUGUCCGUCUGAGUUUGUCACACCGUGUGAGUGCAUAUAUGUUUGUAUAUAUAUCCAUAUAUAUAUAUAGCUAUAUGUGCACACACAUCUGUCUAUAUACACACACAGCAUGUUGCUAUUUGAAGUUGAUGUGGUCUCUUGGCCAAAUGAAAUGUUUCAGGGAUCCGUGAGUAGGGAGAAUCUUUCCGAGAGCUAACAUCUGGGUUAUACUGCUAUAGAAUAAUCAUGGAAUCAUAGAAUUCUUUUUGUGGUGUUAGUGGUGUAAAUCAAAGUAGUUUUAGAAUAUAAAUUUGAUAUAUAUUUUGCAGACUCGAAAGUAUUGAUUUUAAGUAUCAUAUUUUAAGCUUACUGAAUUUGAUAGGAUUAUAAAAUGUUUAGGACUACAGUAUUUGAAAUCUAACAGAAUCUUCCAUUAUUUUUAAGACUGAGGUUCAGUUUUACUAAGGUCUAAAAUUUAAAAGCAAAGUAUAAAAACCUGACCACUGUUAUUUAAAAAUGUAUAUUAAUCUGUUUAACUGACUUGUUAAAAUAAGAACAAUCAAAGUUAGCGUACUGUAUGAUAUGCAUGAGAGAAGUAACAGCACAUCCUGGGAAAUUUCUAUCAGAUGACAGAGACACAUUGUGAAAGUCAGGAUAUUUGAAAAGGUAAAGAAAUGCUGUUCUCUGGGUUCCCCCCCAGCAGAAAUCGAUUCACCCAACACCUCAGACAAACUGGGAUUGUACCUGGGCCGGUGCACGAUCCUUCCCCCCGGUGGAGGUGCCUUGGAACAAGGGAGGAGCCAGCCCAGAAGCCCCAGGCUGGCCUCCAGACACUUGAUCCUGAGAGUUGUGCUCUCCUGCACCACUGGCUCAGGAGCUGGGCUGGGAAUAACGUUCACACCCACGUCUGCAAGAUCAGGGCCUUGCUUAGGGUUAACCGGCAAUCGGAGAAAGCAAUCCGUUCAUAGGGAGGCAUUUUAACACAUCCUAACAGUUGAGUUACCUUACUUCCAUUCCCUCAGGAGUUUAGUACUUAAAGUAACUUAUUUUAUUUAAAUUUAAGCAAUAAAAUUCAAAUCAAGCUUAAGUUUUCAGUUAAAUAAUGGUGUGUGUAUAUAAAUAUAAGUUCAAAUCUUGGAAAACAAACAGUAUUUUGAUGUUUCCUUUUUAAACUUAGAGCAGAAAGAAAGAAAAAUUGCACAUUGUUUGGAGAUCAUAUUUUGAAUUAAACCGUUCUGGUUUAUGACGAUGAAAUCAGUGCACAUGAAAUUCAAAAAUCUGACUUUCAUCUUAACGCUAGGAAAGGUGACUCCUCUGCUAAUCCUAGUUUUGCACUUUGAAAUCAAUCUUAAUCACUCAUUGAAAAUGUAGAGUUGAGAUUUAAUGCUGCAUUUUAUAAAGUUAAAAUGACGUGUUGUCUAAAUUAUUACAAGAAUAAAUUGACAGCAGUGUUCAUACUAAAACUGAAACUAUUGCAUUGUAGAAGCGUUGUACAGUGCAGGCUUUUUGGGAAAAUCCUGGCUCCUCUGAACCUCGGCACCACAUUCCCGUGGACUUCAGGGGAGCCAGGACUUCGCCACAGUCCUCAGAGAAACUCGGGCAAAUGCCAGUUAACCUUUUAUUUAUAUUUAACAAGAAAUAAAUAGACUGGUUGGGUUAAAUAUACUAUCAGCUGUAGUCAUUUUACAGUACGUUUGUAUUUGACCAUUUCCUGUACUCACAUUUUUUUAUAUCUGUACAGUGCCACUUUCUGCAGGUGUAAGGUAGUGUGUAAUCCUGUACAUCUUGCAUCGUUCAAACUAUUUCAGUGAAACCGAUAUCAUUUAAUAUUGAUAUUACUUGAACUAGAGUAAGAUAAUGACAAAAGGGUCUUUAUGAUGUGCAAGUCUUGUGCCUUUUACGUAUUUGCCUUGUUCCGUGUUGAAUGUGUGGAAAUGCUGUAUUGUGGACUUUCUGCUGUAUAGAAUAGAGCUGUCUAUAUUAAACUAGGUCGUGCACUUCAGAUAUCUUUACACUACUGAAAAUAGCUUGGUUUUGGCAGUAUAAACAGAAUUUUAAAAAUUCUAAUGAAGGCCAGACAUUUUAGACUUAACAUGUUCAUAAUUAUGUUAAUUAAUGCUCAUGUAUUAGCUAAACAUUCACUGACAGAUAACUAAAGGGACAUCAUUGCUUGCCUUUCUUUGAAAUCAGUGUUGCUCUUGUACAUUGUAUUAAUAGUGUCUGUGAUUGAUUAGUCCUUGAUGAUUUGCUUUCAGAGUAGGAUGAAAUAUUCCAGUUAACAUGUACAUAUUUUUUCGGUUCCUCAAUCUAUGAUUGUUUCAGAGGCAUAAUUCACAUUUUUGUAAAAAUUCUAUGCAAUUUUGUGGCAUGAUGUUUCUUCCACUUGUAAUUUUAUGUGCUUACAUUACAGAUCCAAAGGACAAAUAAAAAUUUCUUAACACAA